AUGUACAGCAAUCCACAAACUUCACUUUACAUUCCUUUAGGCCCAGGUACAGUGGUUCCAAGAGAUUAUGGACAGCCUUUGUAUGUGAAGCUUAAUGUGAUUCUUUGGCUUCGGGCUGGACGUCCUCUGUACUUCAGCAACAAUGGAGUGGUGCUUGCACAUUGUGAUGUGGAGCCCGAAUACUUGGACAUUAGUGUGGAUGAACCACAACCACGAGAUGCUCCAGAGCCAGCUAAGGAGUUGAGAAAUCCUAAGUCCGCAGAGGAGAUGAUGGAGCUCAUCAAUAGUGAGAAGGUGCAACAAGAGAGAGUACGAGCAUUGUUCACCAGACUAUCUAUUGACAAGCCAUAUGCCAGAGAACUCCUCAGGAGAAUUCAUGCCGAGGAGCCUGAGACAAAACAAGUCAGGAGGCAUAUGCUCUUGUGGUUGGACAAUUUGGAUUUAGGUGCCAUCGCCCGUUUUGUCCAAUAUGAGAAUCAUCCUGAACGUGAGUACAAUCGGUCACGAUUGAGGUCACGUCAGUCGAUGUCAGAAGGCCAUUUUCUUCAAGGAUGGUCUUUGAUUCCACCUAAAGAGAUUGAUGAUCGUGAUCCUUGGAGUAUCUUAGGCUAUAGUACUCCAAAGUUGAUUGUCGAUGGAGAUGGUGUUACCUCAAGGUCCUUGUUUAUGGUUCACCCAUUAGUUUUGAGCAAGGAUCAGGCAAAACUGGUGAAGGCUGAUGAGGAAGUGCUUCGUUUUGAUCACAUUUGGACGGACAUCACUUCGAAGAGCUCAACAGCCAGGACUUCUGGAGAACCUCAACAAGAUGAAGAAGAUGACUCUGCUCAUGUUGCUGAGCGUGAGAUGACAUGGUUCAUUCAGAAUGUCAACAACCUGGUUCUCAACCCAUGGAUGGUAUAUGACAUUGGCAUGGUAUCACUCCAUGAUCGUGUAGGAACACGUGUACUCCAGAGCACUGGAGAAGACGUGAUCCUUGUGAGGGAUUGGGACAGGUUGACAAGGCACCAGAGAGAAUAUUUUUGUAGAAGAUACAAGUUGCUACGUCCAAGUGUUUAUGGAACAGAGGAAGACCCCAAGACGUAUGCACCGAGUUUUGAACCCGGAAUUUCUCAGUGGAUGGAGUUGGCACAAACUGGAUACCAACAGUUUUUCUUCAUCCGUGCUUGGGAGAAUGGACGCCGCUGGGCUGAAAUUCUGACAGGCCAUGGCAUUGCUUCUGUAGAGCUUUCAAGCUUCUUGGAUAUGUGCAGAGAUCCCAAAUUGCUGGGUUGGAACUUUGGUAUUCCAGAACCUCAGUGGGAUAAUUUUGGCAAUACAGUGGAGGAAGCAUUCAACAAUCCCUUAUUUGCCAAACUGCACUAUCGCUUCAAGCAGGAGGAAGAGAUUGGUCGUGUCAUGCACCUUGUGUCAGAACUUGUUUGUGACUUUUUCAUCAAGGUGCUUCCCAAGUGGGUUCUUGACCACUCGAUCUUGUGGGAAGAGUUUAUGAUUUUGGAUCCAGACACAAAUCUCCCAGCUUACAAGACUUCAGAGGCCGCCUUACAAGCAGAAAGGAAUCCAGAGAAGUAUCAUACACAUUUUGCCAUGAACUUCAAGAAAUUCCGUUUUUCUGCAAGGAUUGUGUGGUAUUUGAUUGACCGUGACAGGAAUCAUUUAGAGAGUUUUCUUCACAACUCCAACAGUAGAUUUGUGCAACAUGCAUGCUAUCAACUUCGUGAGUAUGUUCAGGCGCGUGUUGCAGUUUCUGAUCCCUUGUAUGAGAUGAUCAAGAAGGAAGAGUUUGAACGCCAAUACAAUUCCAAGUUUUUGGAGGCGAUUUCUUGCUCUCGUGUUGUAGUUGAGCCUGUAAGUUCAGGGACGUAUGAGCCAUCAUCGAAGCUGAACUUAAAGGUACUACAAGACAUCCUGAAGGGUAUCUUCAAGAUCCAGAAGGAUGAGGAGCCUGCCAAAGAACGUGAUGAAGAAGAAGAACAGGCAGCUCAAAACAUCUCAUACCUGUUGGCAGAUGAUAUGGAGCUUGAUUUUGAUGAUGAUGAUGUUCCAGUAUGGCGCUCCAUUGUCAACAAGUACAGAGAAAGUGAUCAGGUGCUACAGGGAGAAGCUGUGAAGAUUACUCACCUGUUCAGGGAUCAAAAGGACAAUGAGAAGGCGACAGAAGCUUUCAGUUCAGAGAGGACAGAUUUUUAUGAGACCUCAGGACCUCUUCCAAGAACCGAGGGAGAAAAUCUUGUAGAGGACUUGCUCAACAGGGAUGUUGCAGAACAAGCUUUUGAAGCAGGUGAAGAAGUUCCUCCUUAUACAAGAGUCUCCACUAUCGCUGGUGAAGUUUAUACUGGAAGUAUGACACUUCUGGAAGAUGAGGAUAUGGAAGAGGAAGUUCCUGAAGAAGAUCCUGCAGUUGAACCUGGGAAGGAACAAGAAAUAUUUGACGAAGAUGCAGGUGUUUUUCCUUCAGAGGAACUAAAGAUGGAAGUUGACCAGGAGGAAGCCAAGGAAGAGUCAACACCACACUUUCUGUCAAGAGAGAUAGGUGAGGACUCGACUGCAUCGCACUUACCAUCAGGUGAGAUGGAUGCAAACCUUGAUGAUAAUUCAGGUCAGCGGAAAUCUAAGAAAAGCCGCCUGAAUAAGAUUCCUGAUCCUCAUUUUCAUGAAGAAGUUCAGGAUGAUGCAACCAUGGAAGAGAAGAAAGAGGCGGUGGAGAAGAUAAAGGAGGUCAGAGAGGAUGAUGGAGAGAAGAAAUUGGAGGCUGAAAUCCAAGAAUCUUUUCCAUCUGAAGUAGUUGUUGAAAAGGAUACAACAAAAGCUGACAAUACCUAUGAGUUGCAUACUUCACCCUUGAAGUUGCUUGGAGAGCUUACAGGAGAUCCAGGUAUUGGCCUUUAUCAACUAUGCUUCAGGGAAACUCACGCAAGAUUGCUGAAUCAUGUUUGUUUCAGAAAAGGUGAGAUUUCCCAUCCUCAUUAUCAGUCAAGGAUCAACGAGAAUGAUUUUGUUCGAUCCAUUCGCAAUAUCUGUCCAGUACCUCCACCUGAUUGUUAUGAACAUGAACCAGAGCAUGAUUUGAAGAGAUUCUUCAUCAAUGAUGAUCGCAUCAUUUAUUUGGAUGGCAAGUAUCAGGUCGAUCCAAAGGCCCUUGAAAGGGCAGGACAUGCUCGAGAAGAAUUGGAGGAUACGAAAAAGGAACUCAAGAAGGAACUGGAAUCAUAUGGUCCCAAGGGACCCAGUUGGGACUUUGUCACCUUCUAUGAAGAGCUGUGCAGAAGGUUCCUCAAAGGAAGAAUAGAAGAACCAUAUGGAACUAACUUAUUGGCCAGCUCAGAGUCCUUGACAUUUUUAUCCUGGAACUAUGGCAACAUGGUUCGUGGUCAGAAGUACACCACACCAAGGUUUCUCCAAGGACUUGAUAGUGCAAUGAGGCCACGCAAACAGAGCGCCAUGUCACUUCAGAAUGAGCAAUUUGAGAACAACCUUUUCUUCAACAUGCUCUUCUUCUUACGUGCACAUGUCGUGAUUCUCCAGGAAGCUCAUCUUCUUGUUCCUGCCAAGGAAUUUAUUGAGCAAAAGAAUUGGACAGUUUGUUUCAAUGAUUGGGAGAAUCUUGCAGUGAUGGCUAGAUUGGCACCAGGUGGAUAUGUCAAGAUCAUUGCUGGACAUGACCAAGACCUUGGUCACUGUGAACAGCGUGAUGUAACUUGGGCUAUCUACGAGAUUUGUUUUGGAGAAACAAGGCCUCGUCAAGAUUUCAAGGAUGCAGACUUUGAAUUUGAUGACUAUGGUCCUGAGGACAAGCGUGUUCCACUUACUCGAGCGAACAUGCAUACCAUCAGAGUCUGUAAUUAUCAUGUUGAUACACACCGUGCUGUGGAUGCCCACCUACUGACAGGAGAACAGACAGCAUUGAUGCUUUACGAGUGUUUUGUCUAUGAGGUGGACAUCAUUUCUGGUGAUGCAAAUAGUUUGGCCUACAGAAUGUACAUUAUCGAUUUGAUUUUGUACUUGAGGCUCAGGAUCUUGAUCGUACAGGUGAAUCACGCGGGGAUCAGGAAGCAGGCCGUGGUGGAGAGCACCAAGAUCCUGCAACGGGGCUUCAGACGUUUGCGUCAGAGAUGGCAACAGGGCCGAAAGAUGGACUUCGCUGCCGUGGUCCGGGCCGCACAAGGCCAACGGAAGGACUGGGCCAUUGAAUUCCAGAUCGAAGCUGAUGAUGCAGCCUUGAACCAGCUUGGCUUCGUCACAGCCAUACAGAAGGUCCACCAGAUCUCCCAUGGCAAGGCGGAGAAGCUUUGGCAGGGCUUCCUGAGCCAGAGCGAGAACAGCUCAGAGCAACGCAUGGGUUUACCCAUCUUCUGGGCUAUUUGCGAGGCCGUGGCGCGGGGCGACGCGGAUGCUGCCGAGUGUGCCGACCUCUCGUUGGAGGAGUACUUGGACGGUGAGAUGGAGGGCCAGUACUCUGAAGAAGAGGUCCAGGCGGCCCGUCGGAUCCAAGCAGCCCAGCGGGGGCUCAACGCACGCGCACAGGCGGACGUGACCAAAGCGAUGGCUUCUGUUUCCUCACCGGAGCAGGCUGCAGAGCGGAUCCAAGCGGCCUUUGCCGGACGGUUGGUCCGCGAGGAACUGCUUGAGGCUCCGGUAUCACCUGACCUCAGAGCAGAGCAGGCCACCGCCGCAGAGAAGAUCCAAGCAGUGUAUCGCGGACGCCAGGUGCGUCAGGAGGCUCGCCAAGCUGGUGGACUCGACCGGAGGUCGUCGCAGGAGGCUGCUGCUGAGAGGAUUCAGGCUGCCUUCCAGGGACGAAUUCAGCGGGAGGUCUUUAGGGUGGAGGACUUAACGCAAGAGGAGGCCUCUGCGAGGAUCCAAGCGGUCUACCGGGGCCGCCAAGCAAGGGAACAGGCAGCUGCAUCCAUGGGAUUUCGUUCGCGGCAGGAGCGUUCAAGGCCACUUCCCGGGGCAGACCUCUUUGAGGAGGCACUGGCGAAACAAGGUGGAGGCGGCGAACUCCUCCUGCAGGCUGGCUUCUUGGACAUGAUCAGCAAGGCCGCCCCCGAGAUCUCCGAGUUCCAGGCACAAGCCUUGUUUGAAGGCACCUGUGUUGGCACUGGCCAAAUGGGUCUCAGUUCCAAGCUCUUUUGUGAGCUUCUUCAGGCGAUCCGCUUGGGGGAUGAGGCCGCAGCACAGUUCGCGGACAUGCACAUUGAGGACUAUCGAAGUCUUCUUACAGCCGACAAAGAGUGA